AUGCGCGAAAAGGACCAGAAACUCUCUCCUGUAAAGCCUGCGGAAUCCUUAAGCGAUAUGGAUUCGCCUACGAAGAAGCGCCACGAUAUCGGCUACAUUGCCGAGAUUCUGCAAUCGUGGCAAACUGGCCACGCUCUCUCCCCUAAUUUUCCGUCUUUUCAGCACGUUCUCGCCACCACAGUCUCUACGGCAGCCAGUUUUAUUGACUUUGAACGUGAUGGUCUUAAGUGGCGCUCCGACUACCGCAUCUGCCAAUUGACAGACACCCAGGGUGUUUGGAACAACCUCGUCAUUCAUCUUCCAAACGAUGGCUUUUUCUAUGUUGCCGAAAAUCUUCUCCCUGUCCUUGCCAGUACUCGUCGGAAUGUACGACACAUGCAGACAUGCAGCGAAGGCUGGGCCUACCUGGAGAAAACUGUUUGGCGAAAGUUGGAUCCCUUUGAAGAUUUUGCUCGCUCAUGGUAUGGCUACGACGCCGAGAAGAAACUCCAGCGACAGAUCCUCUACAACGAUACCGGUGACCGCAUGGACAUAUGUUUACGCUGCCCUGAGACAAAAGUUGGUAUCGACUUUGUUUUUGAACCAAGGUAUCCUGUGCCAGACGUUCCGAAGGAGUUCUGGUUUUAG